CGUUUGCAGGAUACCGUAUUUCAUAACUUAAAUGUAUUGCCUUUUACCUUCGCUGUUACUGAUAUAGAUAGACUUGAUGAACAAAUAGAUAACGUGGUCCCUUACCAUUCAAAUGUCAUUAUAAUGAGCUGCGCAGAUAUAGACGAAUUUGAAAAAGCUAUGAAAAAAAUUGUAACUUUGCCUUACUGGCACUCUCUAGCAAAUAUUAUUUUAUAUUUUCAUACUAAACAUGAUAAAGAGGCUAUUGCAAAAAUAUUUUUUAUUUAUUGGUAUUAUAGAGCAAUUAAUGUUGUAAUUGUACAAUACGAUGAAACUGAAAAUGAAAUGAACAUUUCGUUUUAUAGUCCAUUCAUGACGGAAAAUUACAAGGCACUCAAUCUUGGAACUUGCCUUGGAUUUGAAACGGAAAAAAUACCAUUACAAAAUUUGAAUCAGAUAAAGAAAUUGAAUCUUUUUGAAGACAAGGGAAAAAACUUACAUGGUUUCACUUUUUACGCGUAUACCGUCGAAGUCUUACCAUUUCUUAAGUUACAGGAACAUGAAAAUGGGACUUAUACAUAUCAUCGUAGAGAUGGAAUGAUAUGGAAUACUUUGGCAGAGCUGCUUAAUUUUAAAAUAGAUAUAGCCCCAGCAAAAAAAGCAAUCAAAGAAAAAUUUGAUUAUAAAAUAAAUAUUUUACAAGUUUUUUCAUUUGCUCAAAGAAAGGCAGACUUAAUUUUGUUUCCGUUAUAUCAAUUCGAUUUAAUAAUAGCGGAGAUAGAUUACACGGUUCCAUUUCUAGACAGCGGUAACAGAUCGGAAGAUUGA